CAAAUUUUAAGCGAAUUUUUGUAGACUUGUAUAAAAAAUAAGGUUUUCUUCGUGUUUUAAUAAGAAAACGAUAAAAACUAUUAACCCAGGAUUUAGUCGAGGCAUUUUUUUUUGCUAGGCUUAAGAGCUCUGUGUACGAACGUUUACCCUAUCUCAUAAAUGUCACAUACAACAGCUACACCACCCUCAACGGCCACACCCAGCAGUUCUGCGGUGCGAGCUUUGGCUCUAGAAUACAAAUCUCUGCAGGAAGAGCCUGUCGAAGGCUUUCGUGUCAAAUUAUUGAAUGAAGAUAACCUAUUUGAGUGGGAGGUAGCUAUAUUUGGGCCACCCGAUACUUUGUAUCAAGGCGGAUAUUUUAAGGCUCAUAUGAAAUUUCCGCCUGACUAUCCUUAUUCACCACCGUCUAUACGUUUCUUAACAAAAGUUUGGCAUCCGAAUGUAUACGAAAACGGUGAUCUCUGCAUUUCGAUACUGCAUCCACCUGUCGACGAUCCCCAAAGUGGUGAAUUGCCUUGUGAACGUUGGAAUCCUACACAAAAUGUACGUACGAUUUUGUUGUCAGUAAUAUCGUUGCUCAAUGAACCGAAUACCUAUUCCCCGGCAAAUGUUGAUGCUUCGGUUAUGUAUAGAAGAUGGAGAGAUUCUCAGGGCAAGGAUAACGAAUACCCCAAUAUUAUUAGGAAGCAGGCUUUGGCUGCCAAUGCCGAAGCCAAAAAGGAGGGCAUAAUAGUGCCGAUGACUUUGGAAGACUAUUGCAUUAAACCAACGCGAAAAGAACCCGCAGAACCAACACUUGAUACCAACUUCUACGAUGAUGAUUUCGAUCUUGAGACCGAAGAUGAUUUACCUACAGACGAUGAUGACGACGACGGCGAGGAUGACGAUGAUGUCGAUAAUGCCGAUGAUAGUGGCAAAGGUGAAACUACAUAAGAAAUCCAAGAAAAAGUUUAACGUGCAAAGAAAAUGCUUUCAAUAGUGUUUAUGAGAAGAAAAGAAGCAGUAAUAGCAAAAGAUUGUGAGUAAUAAUAUAUAAAGCAUACAUAGUCAAGAAAGAAUGAGGAAAAAUUUUAAACAUAUAGCAGCGCGACAAUUUGA